AUGGUGUAUGCUGAAGAUGCAAUUUGGGAAUCAUACUUAAUUAGUCACAAAGAAGCUGCUCCUUUUAGAACAAGAAGCUUUAAGUUUUAUAAUGAGUUAUCUGCAAUAUAUUCUAAAGAUCGUGCAACUGGAAAAGAUGCACAGACAGCAGAUGACGUAGUUGAAGAAAUACAAGAUGAAGAACAGAAUGAUAUAAGAGCUGACACAGAAGAUAGUGCAUUUGUUGGUUUGGAUGAUAUUGAUUUAACGAGUACACAACCUGAGCCACAAAAUGAUGGUAGAAAAAGAAGCAAUUCAAGUAAGAGAAAGAGGAGCCAUGAUGAAGCUAUUGAGAUAUGUGCUGAGAAUAUGCUUAAUGCUGCGAAGCUAAUAAGCAAUACAAUGUCAGAGGUUGGUAAGAAUCUGUCUGAUGGUCUUCAAUAUGAUCGUGAUAUGGAUAUGUUUCAGAAGCUUGAACGUGCAUUAAAAGAGGUUGAUGAUGUUGAUAUAUAA